AUGAUAGAGAGUGCAUUGACUCAGUGGGGGAUUGAUAGUGUGUUCACUAUUACAGUCGAUAAUUCCUCAGCCAAUGAUGUGGGGAUUGAGUAUAUGAGAAAGAGGAUGAAGAACAAGAGUCAUACUGUUUUAGGAGGAAAUUUUCUUCACAUGCGUUGUGCCGCUCAUAUUUUAAACCUUGUUGUGCAUGAAGGCUUGAAAGACUUAGGUGACUGUGUUACUAAUAUAAGGAACGCAGUGAGAUAUGUGAGGUCUUCACCGGAGAGGAUGUCAAAGUUUAAAGAGUGUAUAGAGCGGGAAAAAAUUAAAUGUAAAAACAUGGUGUGUUUAGAUGUUCCAACUAGAUGGAACUCUACAUAUUUGAUGUUGACCACUGCUGAGAAGUACCAAAGAUCUUUUGACCUAUUGGGGGAGGAUGAGCAUAAUCAUUUUGUUGUACCUCAACCUAUUGAUUGGGAAAAUGCUAGGGCAUUUGCGACAUUUUUGCAAACUUUUUAUGAAGCUACAUUGAAGUUCUCUGGAGAGGAUGUCAAAGUUUAA